AUGCGAUUACUAAAUGGUCCUCUUUGAUUUUCGGAAGAUGCUCUGUAGACAAUCAUCCAAUUCAGGAAGGAGCUAUGCUUGACAAGACAGCAUGUUGUGAGCCAUUUACAGGCAAAAAGUUGUUAUUCCACAAUCUGCAUCAAUAGCCAGCAAAACCAAGAAAGCAGUCAUCGGCCUAAUCUUCUACAAAUGUCUGUUUGGGAUUGAAUCUCUUUUUGAAAGCACAAUUGCCAAGUCUCCUUCUUAAAGGGAUUUCAAUCGAAGGCAGAAAUAGCACAACUCGGAAUUUCAAAUUUUGAGAUCGGAAUAGAAGACAUGGUGUCUGAGGACGGAAAGAUCAGGAUAGAGAAGUUUGAUGGGCAAGAUUUUGGAUGGUGGAAGAUGCAAGUCGAGGACUUGCUAUGUCAGAAAGAUCUUCUUCCAUGUUUGACAGGUCAGAAACCCGAGAAGAUGAAGGAUGAAGAAUGGGCUGACUUGGAUAGAAAAGCCCUAGCCGUCAUCAGGUGCACUUUGACAAAGAGUGUGGCUUUCAACAUUGUGAAAGAGACCACUGCUCGUGGGGUUAUGACAACGUUGUCAAACAUGUAUGAGAAACCUUCCGCGUCUAAUAAGGUAUUCUUGAUUAGACAGUUAGUUAACACUCGUAUGCGGGAAGGUGGUUCUGUUACUACUCAUAUCAAUGUUUUCAAUACCAUUAUAUCCCGUUUGCUAUCAGUAGAUAUCAAAUUUGAUGAUGAGGUACAAGCUUUGCUUCUUUUAUCUUCUUUACCGGAUAGUUGGUCAGGAUCAGUCACGGCUAUUAGUGGUUCAGCUGGAAACACCACACUCACGUUUGAGGGAAUCCGUGAUUUUAUCUUAGGAGAAGACAUCAGGAGAAAGAAUACAGGUGAACCAUCAAGUUCUCUGCUGAGCACUGAGGGAAGAGGUAGAAAGAAAGAGAGGAGAAACAGUUACAGGGGAAGAUCUAAGUCCAAAGGCAGGAGAGGGAGUUCAAAGACAAGAAGCGACAUCAAGUGUUGGAACUGUGAUGAGUACGGACACUUUAAAAAUCAGUGCACCAAACCACCUAGCGACAAGAAAGAGCGUGGAAGGGAGUACUCGCAUGAAGGGAACAUCAAGAAGCGGUGGAACAUCAAGGUAAUUGCCAUUCAAGUCUGGAGUGGAAAAUUGGAUCUCAAUUAGUUCGGACAUGGUGCAAUCGGUUGAUUUUCUAAGAAUUUCAGAGUAAUUUUGUUCAUUUUCUUUAACCUCUUUUACACUUUGUCUCUGUAAAGUGUUGGAUUUGGUAGGAGUGUUUAUUAUAUUAAUAGUGAUAUUCAGAGUCUAGGCAUGGCGCCCAUCAUCAGGGGUUCAAUAAGCAAAAAAAGAGGAUUUGUAUUCCAGUCCAAAAUCUAACGUGUAAGGCAGGUAGUUGCUGUAUGAUCAAGGUUCCGGCUCUUGCAAAUUUGGGAUGCUUCUAAGAUGCUAUUGAUUGACGAGGAGGUAGUAGUAUGUUUUAUUUGGGAUACUGCUUUGAUGACCGACCAGCUCUCCGAAGAGGUGAAGUCUUGGACACCACCCCGUCGCACCUGAACCUUCUCGCGCUUAGGCUUCUCAAAUGUGUUUCAUGUAUGGUGGUGAUUCAUACUUCUUGAAUCUUAUUAAAAUUCCAGGUCAUGUAGAUUUUUCAUAUGAGGUUUACAUUGGCUAUUUGAAGAAGGGAACGUUGCCGUGAUAUUGGAUUUUUGAGCAAUUGGUGUUGCCAUGGGUCGGAGUAGAUGGCCCUCCAUUUGAUCCCAGCAUAUCCAUAGGACACAACUUCUUUGAGCAGAACCUUCACUGAUAUACUGCAUAGGUUAUGUCACUUCUAUGUGUUCUGUGCUUUCAGCUAGUGUCUUAAUUUUUUGUUUCUACAUCUUUCUGGGUAAAUCUUUGGUUUCAGGUUUGUUGCUUUGCACAGGGAAAGGUGCAAAUUUAGAGCAGGUUGAUGAGGAACAAAUAAAUGACUAAGGAUGGG